AUGAGCUUCUCGAACAUGCUUAACCGCCUCCAUGGGCAACCGGAGAGCUACGACAAAAAGGCGAAGUACCGAUUUGGGCGCACCCUCGGCGCCGGCACGUAUGGAAUUGUCAGAGAGGCGGAGGGUCCCGAUGGCCGGGUCGCGAUCAAGAUCAUCCUGAAGAAAGUGGUCCGGGGCAAUGAGCGCAUGGUCCUAGACGAGUUGGACAUGCUCCAGCGCCUCCAGCACCCGCACAUUGUCAAGUUUGUAGACUGGUUCGAAUCAAGAGACAAAUACUACAUCGUCACAGAGCUCGCGACUGGUGGAGAGUUGUUCGACCGAAUUUGCCAGCAGGGCAAGUUUACUGAGAAGGACGGGUCCCAAACCAUCAAGCAGGUUCUGGAAGCGGUCAAUUACCUGCACCAGAACAAUGUUGUCCAUCGCGACCUCAAACCCGAGAACCUCCUCUACCUCACCAAAGACCCAGACUCGGACCUGGUUCUGGCCGACUUUGGCAUUGCGAAGACACUUGGCACUAAGGACGAGGUCCUGACAACCAUGGCGGGGUCGUUUGGGUACGCGGCGCCCGAGGUAAUGCUCAAGCAGGGCCACGGCAAACCCGUCGACAUGUGGUCGCUGGGCAUCAUCACCUACACCCUGCUCUGCGGCUACCCCCCCUUCCGCUCCGAAAACCUCCAGGAUCUCAUCGAAGAGUGCAGUGCCUGCCGCGUCGUAUUUCACGAGCGGUAUUGGAAGGACGUCAGCGACGAUGCCAAGGACUUUAUCAUGGGGUUGUUGCGAUCGAAACCGGAGGAGCGUUGGUCGAGCGACCGCGCCCUCGCUCACCCGUGGCUGAGCGGCCACAGCGCCUCCGACCACAACUUGCUGCCCGAGAUCCGCGCUUACCUUACGCGCGCGCGGCUGCGGCGCGGCAUCGAGAUGGUCAAGCUCGCCAACCGCAUCGAGGCUCUCAAGAUCCAGGAAGACGACCCGGAGAACUCGGAUAUGCCCAAAGACGCCACUGGUUCUGCUGCCGUUCCCGGUGCGCCCACCGGCGACUCGAGCAGCGGCGAAGGCGGCAAACGUACGCUAUCCAAGACCAUCAAAGGCGCCAUCUUCCGCGAGGUGGUCCUCGCCAAGGUGCGCGAGAUGAAGGAGCAGGAGGAGACGCUCAAGGUGACGGAGGAGGCCUCGAAGACAGCCUAA